AUGGCCUCAAGCGACAACGACGGACCCACUGCUAACCAGACGACCAAGCGAUACAUGCACCCGUUCACAGAAAACCAGAGACACGCCGCGUACGCUCAUCGAGCUGCGCAUGUGCGCCUGAGCGCGGCCAUUCGCGAGAAGCCAGAAUGGUGGGUGAAGUUCCGGGACGAGAACGUGCAGGCGAAGUGGAGAAACGAGAUCAGGGAACAGCAGAAGGAUCUGCGCCGCUGUCUGCAGCUCACGGACAACAUGAUCAACUACAUCAUGGGCGAGCUCGAAGCUUAUGCUGCGCUUCGAGACCCAGAGACAGGCAUCGAGGCUGGUCCCUAUGAGCGGAUCUGGCAGUCUGAUGAGCUCAUUCCCGCCUCCCUCAAAGCCGACCUCGUCUCAGCGAUCGCCCCGCUCGAAUCCGUCCCUGACUCCGAGAAGGACUGGCAUCCAGGAUCCGACGGCAAAGUGCUCGAUCUCGUGCACCCCUCGCUGUACCCUGUCGUCUACGGGCAUACCACAGCUCACGGUGCUCAGGAGCCCCUGCAGCCCCGCGCAACGGAUAUCAUCCCUAUGUAUAGGUCAGAGCGGUUCCAAUGGCUACCUUCGGACUUUCGUGUCGAGGAGGAUGGCUCCGUCUGCUUGGUCUCGCCCUACAUUAACAAUAUCCACCCGGAAGAUCACGAGGCGCUCACAGCGAUGAUCCCGAAAAUGUUGGAGAAGGCCGUGCCAAUGUUCGAGAGGGUGCUCUCCGACCUCGCGAGGGAGACACAGCUCCCUACACGCCUGGACCUCCAGGGGCACAAGUUCCCGCAGUGUGUCUGGCCAGGCGAGUUUUUGGACAAAGCGCCAGUGGAGCACCGCUGGCCGGAGAGCAAGCCGAGCUAUACGGAUAGCCUGGACUGCGUGAAGAAGACGAAAGAUCUGCGAGGGAGGACGCUGCAGGUGAUCGUGAAGCUGGCGAAUAUUGUGCUAACGCCUGAGAAGCCUGAGUACGGAGGAGGCGCGUGGCACGUCGAGGGGAUGGACAACGAAGCGAUCGUCUCCACGUUCAUCUAUUACUACGAUGCAGAAAACCUCACCGAAUCGACGCUGUCCUUCCGCAACGCCGUCAACGAGCCCCGCUAUCACGGCCAAUGCGACUAUUACUGCAUGCGCGGUCUCUACGAUAUGUCAGCAGACCAGUUGUGCGCACAAAACGUCGGCUACGUCACCACCAAGCAGGACAGAUGCAUCGCGUUCCCGAACCUAUACCAGCACCUCGUCUCGCCGUUCCGCCUCGCCGACCCCACGAAGCCGGGGCAUCGCAAGAUCCUCGUGUUCUUCCUCGUCGACCCGAACAUCACCAUCCCGUCCGCGUCGACGGUGGCUCCUCAGCAAGAGCGGAGGAUCCGCCGCGCAGCGGAGGGGUCAGAACUGUGGUGGCGGCUUCCGAAUGAGUGGUUGGACCCGAUUACGGAGACCCAGGCGAGGAAGUAUCGGGAGGAGCUGAUGAAGGAACGAUCGCAGACCGAGAAGGCGUGGGGCAGGGACAGGUUCGCACUGUUCUUCAACCUGUGUGAACACUGAUGCGUGAGGUGUUUGCCGAGAUGGUGGAGUCUGCAGCCUUGUCUGCAGCCGGUCAGAACUGUCAUACUCGGAGGGGGAGAGCGCGAGGACUGGGGUAGCGGCGUCCGCGGGGUGCACGCGGUGCUUAAGGAAGUGGGCAAGGACGAGCAGGCUGGUGGUGUAUCCGGUGAGGCUGAGGCCGCCACGACGGACCUGAAGCAUUCAGCAUUCCACUACAGCUGUCGUAACUCAAGGCACCGACCGAAUCGACACAGUACUUGAAUCUGAUUCUGGUCUGGCGCUACAUACCUGACGAGUCGCAGACUCCGCAGACCGCGUUACCGUCGUCUGUUGCUGUCCAGUGGAGAGGAC